UCGAAUCUUUAUUAAUAUUUCACAAUUUUAUUUUGUAAUUAGCUUAUCGAGUAAUUGCUACCCUAAAUACAAUCAUAUCACAGUGUUUUUGUGUUGAUAGUGCCGUUUUUCGUAAGUAAAAGUGAAUGUGUUCAUUACCAAAACAAUGUUGAUGUUCGACCACGUAUGUCAUUGAAGCGUACCCCUUUAAUCGGUGAAAAUGUGACUGCUACCGACGUUUGAUACAACGAUCGGUGAUCGAAGAUGGCUUUCUCUGACUAAGUUGAAACGUUUGUUAAAAUGCGGGAGUUUUUAAGGAUCACAUUGGUGUUUCUGUGCGCGAUACUGCUAGUCCAGGACACGAGAUGCGAGGAGCAACAGAGCACGACUGAAGUGGAGGAUACCAGGAGUGACGAAGACAGGAAGGAUGGCAAAACAGUCCUACCAGGUUCAGUACGACGCACGUCAACGACCAGCAGUGGCAAUGCAACAAGGGAUUCGCAGCUGCUGUCUGUUCUCGCUGCCAGAAGACGACAGCUCCUCAACGGUCGAUUGGCCACGCAUAUUAGCACGCUAGCCAACCUCGCACAUAAGCCUAACAAAGGCAACACCACAUUCGCUCAAUUGGAGAUCCGAGACUCAAACAACUCAAUUGUCAAAAGGAUUACCUUCAACAACGGCAGUAACGAGGCUGCUCCCACGCUUAAGCUAGUAACUACAGAUGGCAACAAAGAAAUAAUACGUCAAGAUGUCAAGCCACAUGAAAUAAGACAUUUAUUUGUGCCAAAAGUAUACCAGGAGAACAAAAGUAGAGCAGGGUUUAUCAGCAAUAGAAGAAAAGAUUCUAACAAAAGUGUUACUUUGUCAGAAACUACUGAAAAUGUACUCUACAUUCCGCCAGAAAAGCUUGAAGGCAUAGAAAAAGAAGUUGAUGUAGAUCCCGAUGAAGAGUUUCAAGUAGACGAAUCUAAUCAUGGACUGUACUUACUCAACUAUUCAGAUACAGAAAAUGUAACACGAAGUCCAGUUUUGAAUAAAACCACAAUCAACACAAACAUUAAAUACAAUAGCACAACAAAAGUAGAGAGUACAACUGUAACAAGCAAAAAUUUAAAGGAAAUUGUACUUACUACGAACAAACCAGAUGAAAUAGUCAUAAAAAAUGAAAAAUUAGAAGCCAAUACUAUUGUAAAUAGAACAGACACUAAGAGUACCAAAUUAAUUAAAAUUGAAAAUGAAAAAGAGAAAGAAAAUCGUACAUUGUUCAUGUCAGAUGAAAUUUAUAAUCACUUCAGGCCUCUUGAAGCUGAAUUACCAGUAGAAGAUAUGGCUCCGUUUAUAUUCUUCGGUCAGAAAAUUGGCGGUCAAGCCAUUAGUGACAAUUUGACAAAUUCUCCCUCUAUAUCUGCUUCGACAAAGUCAGUUAAUUACAUAGCAGCCCCGUCUUCAGAAAAAAGAAAGUAUAAUUCAAGGUACUCUGCUACUGAGAAAUAUAGGAAUACGAGCGCCGACGAGGAAGAAAUAAACGAGGACAUGGAUGUUUCAGUUGUUAAAAAUGUUAUAGAAAAAAAUAAAAUUAGGAAUACUGUGAAAGGUCCUGCACCUGCUAGACACGUAGGCUUAGUCAAUGCUUAUAGAAAAUAUACUAAUACUACGCAGCAACCAUCAACUUCGGUUAAUAUAGCACAAUUGAAUGUCACUGAACCUAUUGUUCAAAACGUUACACCGAGCACUUUAGAUAAAAGCAAAAACAGCAAUAGAUCGAUCAACACUAAUUUAACCAAGGAAAUAUUGAAUAAAACUUUAGCUAAUAAUACGACAAACAAUAAUUCAUUAAACACAAAAGUAAACACAACUGUACCUGUGGCAUCUAGAAAUUAUACUCGAAAUUAUUUUAAUAUACGAAGACGGCCGUCACGACUUACUGCAUCAUCUAGUACAGAAAAUACACCAUUUACUAUAAUAGUGAAUGCUACAACUGAAAAAGCGUCAACCACAGUAUACACAGCAGUCGUUACGUCUGUUUCAAUAACUUCUUCAAUAAAAGGAAUGAAUAAAACUGAUGGAUUGGCCAAAGAAUCAGGCAACAGCUCAAGAAUUGCAACAGGCCUGGAUUUUAAGAACGUUACAACAGCAAAAGCAGCCUUGUUCAAUGAUACUGAAACAACAACCGUUUCAACAACGUUCUCGUCUACUUCCUCAACCACACCAUUUACUAUAUCAACAACAACUAGCACAACAACAACACAAGCUCCUUCGUCAUCACCAAGAUCAUACAAACAUAGAAUAAGAAUUCGAACAACAACAACCGAAAGUAGUUUGAACCAACCAUUCUCUUCGCCUUACAAGUCAACUGUGUCUUCAUCCAGUGAAUUUACGAAGCAUAUUGGAGAUUUGAAACAAGAGGCCACAUCCAGGCUACCGGAACGUUUGGCAAAUUUGUAUCGACAAAUCGACCAUGACAAUAGUAGUAGCAUUACUACUGGAGGUCCUAUACGACCUAAGAAUAUUUUAACUAGAAGACGCAGACCCACAACUACGACUAGUACAACUACUAGUACAUCAACAACAUUGGCACCAAUCAUGACUUCUGAUACAAGUCCUGAAGUAAUAACAACGCCAAUUACUGUUCCAACACAAACUAGCGCGCCUACUACAACUGCAGUUACAGAAACGGAAAAUACUUUUAAAACAUUUAUUGUAACCUCUAGAACUUCAUCAGAAUCUAGUUCAAAACCGAUUAUUAUUCCUCGAAAUUUAACUCAAACUGAGAGUAAGACGGUAAUCAAUGACACAAGAGGUGACGAGCAAACAUCGCAAAAUGAAGAAGUAGUCAUUGAAGCAGAUAAAAAUUAUACAGCUUCUUACGUUUUAGCUGGACUUGGAUUCUUGCCUGUAAUGGCUAUAGUAGCAUUUGUUCUAAGGAAUAUAAUGAAUAAGAAAACCAAAGAAAUUGAUACAGAAUAUGAAGGAUACUUCGACGACGGAGAGAUCAAGAAAGAAUCACCGAUCACUCCUGUAGCAAGGCCGCCAUUGCCAAUGCCGACUAAACCAGAUCAGAAAUGGGAGUUCCCGAGGAAUAAACUGAGAUUGCAAACGUUGUUAGGACAAGGAAACUUUGGCCAGGUUUGGAAAGCAGAAGCCGACGACCUAAAUGGUCAUGACGGUCUGACGCGACUCGUAGCCGUGAAGACAAUCAAAGAAACUGCCUCGCAGAAAGAAAAGCAAGAACUUCUCCAUGAGAUCUACAUAAUGCAAAAAAUUGGAACUCAUCCGAAUGUCGUUACUUUAUUGGCUUGCUGUACUGAACAAGAACCGUACCUUCUUAUAAUGGAAUACGUGAUGUGCGGCAAGCUGUUGACGUAUCUGCGCGAACGACGCUCCAGGCCAGAUAGAUUCAGCGGUAGCGGGGCAUUGACGUCUCGAGAUCUUACUGUCUUUGCGUAUUGUGUUGCUAGGGGAAUGGAUUACAUCGCUUCUAAAGGGAUCGUUCAUAGAGACCUGGCCGCUCGCAACGUCCUGGUGGAUCACAAUAAGUUAUGCAAGAUUGCAGACUUUGGUAUGUCUCGCUGCGCUGGUAGUGGCUCUAGGACGUCACGAGGCGCGUUGCCUGUCAGAUGGAUGGCACCCGAAGCGUUGCUGUAUAAUGUUUACAGUCACCAUACUGAUGUCUGGGCUUUUGGGAUACUAUUGUGGGAGAUUGUUACACUUGGAUCAACGCCUUAUGCAGCAAUGUCAGGUCGCGAAGUCCUAACAGCAGUGACAGAAGGUUAUCGCCUGGAGCGACCCACCCACUGCAAACCUCAGCUGUACCGUGCAAUGCACUCCUGCUGGCAUGCAGACCCUUCCCAAAGGCCGACAUUCUCCCAACUCAAAGGGCAACUAGCAGAGCUUCUGGACAAUGAGCCUUCUGAAGGAAAUUACGUAGAUUUGGAUUCGUUCUAUCAAGAAUCGUCAGUGUACAGUGACCCCUCGGCUAUUAUACAUGACGACGAAGGACUAUCUGCUGAGUACGAUAGAGAAAGGAGGGUUUUUAGAGAAUUAAACAAAGGCCCAGCGAAGUUUGACAAUCGCGCGUUCAGUCUUCGCGAUGAAGAGUUCCGGAACAAAUUCGGCAUCGGCACUCCUCGAAUGGGAGGUUUCGGCAUCCGAGACGUCCCAUUCAACGAACGAAACUUCUCUGACGGCGAAUUUAACGAGCGGACUUUCACUGACAAGAAUUUCACCGAUAGAAACUUCGCUGACAAAAAUUUCGGUGACAGAAGUUUCGCCGAAAACAAUUUUAACGACACGAAUUUUGCAGAUAGAAAAGAUGGUAAACUUUCCACAUCUAGUUUUCAUAGAGAACGAGAAAGAGAAAAUCCAUUAGUCAGUAGAAACAGUUUCAAUGGUUUUCCCAGAGUAGGAACAAGGGACAAUCACUUCCAAAUGUCGCCUGAUGGAAGGAAUAAAAGAGUGUCAGAAUUUGAGUGCGACAUUUGAAAUUAGCGUAGAAAAAUAGAAUAAAAUCAGUAAAGACCCGACUGAAUUAGGUAUGAGUUUGAACGAAGCGUGAUGUUCAACAUUAUGUAUGGUAACUAAAGCAUACAGGUUGAUGAAAUGAUUCGUCCUUUUCUUGUAGGCCUUUAUUGACAAGUACUUCCGUAAAUUUGCACGACAUUAUAUUCACAUUCUAUUUCAUAACAGACACACAUAUCAAAUAGCUUUGUAGCUCAGCUGCAGAUGACUAUGAAACACAUUGCAUUCGCUAAUACUCUACCAUAGGUCAUAACGGUUAAAACAAACUCGAAAUUAAAACUCCAAAAAAAUUUACAACUCAUUUAUUUGCCAUUGGGACAAUUUUUGAUGGAAUGUCGAUAACAAUUGAAACAUCAAAGUUAAUCUAAAGGUGUGUCAACUACCAGACUUCUGACAGCUAAGAGACAAGCACACCGUCAUGUAUAUCACAUAUGAUAUCGGCGAUAAAUCGGAUUCCUCGUAUGCUUAGUUAUCUUGGUUUGUUUAUAUAAGUUUUGCCAAUCACAAGCACUGAAGGGUUUGUUUUAAAUGCACGAAUCAUGUUUCGCCGUGGAGCGAAAUCGUGAACCACCCUGCUUUUAAGUUUCAAUUUCAUUCAAUUUGAAAUUUUGUAACUUAAAACUGUUUAUAUGGUAUUGUAAAUAAACGUAUUAAUUUAUAAUUUUUAUUGUCAGUAUUCGUGGUUUGCUUGAUACUUCCACUUGAAUAUUUUGUAAAUAAAUUUAAUAAUGUAUUAAGAUGAAGAACUGCAUUGCUAUAAAUGUUGGAAUUUGUACAUUUUUGUAUAAGCACACACGUUAUAAAAUAUUAGAUUACAUGUUACUAGUUAUGCAGUCAAAAUGUCUUUAUUUUAUAGGUAGGCAAAUAAUACUAGAAUUCGUCAAAUUAAUUAAACAUUGCUACUAUUUCGUAAGGCAGAUUCUCCUGAGAUAGAUAAACAAGAAACUCUAGGGUCACUUUUUAUAAUUUGUUCACCUCUAAGAAUUUAAAGUAUCAUGAGUAGAAACAAACUCAAAGAGCUGAAUUACGUACAUCGAAGCUUAUGUAAAGUUAUUCUAUUACGGUAGUUUCGUGCUACUUUGUAAUAAUUACAAGACAAGUUACCUAUUGACAUAGCUCUCACUUGGGAAACCGAAAUGGUGAUAGACUGAUGAUAAUCCAAUCGCAUUUUAUGUGUUUCUUUAUAUGUCUAGGUAGUAACAUGUAAAGUUGUAUUUUUUGCCGUGUGUUCGAGUAUUUUUAAGUGAUAUCAGUAUACUUGUAAAGUGUAACAUUUUUCGUAUGCAACUGUAAUAAUUAUUUUAUCGUUCAUGUUCUUUCGAGUUGACUUUAUUUAAAGGUUUAUGGAUUU